CACACCUCUCUCGGCGGGACUACGAUUCCCAACAUGCUCUCCGGACUGCUGGCCGGCCUCCCCACCAUCCUGUUGUCUGGGGUCUCUGCAAAAAUGCGGUCUGUCUCCGCCCGCCCAGACUCCCUUUAGAGUUAAGGGUCGGACACCACUUCCCAGUAGUAAAUUGUGACUAUUCCGAGUUUUGGAGUCAUUCUUCGUUGCCUGUUUUAUUAGGGCAGCAAAAUGCCUCCGGCUAGGGCGGGAGUGGGCGGAGGCAGGCUUGAGCCAAUGGCACGGGAGCGGCCCUGUCGCUGCCAUGGCAACGGCGGCCGUUCUCGGGGGACCGACUGCCCAUUGGGUAGAAUCUUUCCAGAAGGCUCGAGAAGAAGGAAGCGGAAGUGGCACGUGGAGGGGCCGGUGGAGGCGCCGGUCAGUCAUAUCAUUUGGAUCAAAAAAUAGAACAAUCGGAGUUGCAGCCAAAAAUCAGCAAAUCACUCAUGCAAACAAUACGGUGUCUAACUUCAAAAGAUUUCAUGGUCGAGCGUUCAAUGACCCCUUCAUUCAAAAGGAGAAGGAAAACUUAAGUUACGAUUUGGUUCCAUUGAAAAAUGGUGGAGUUGGAAUAAAGGUAAUGUACAUGGGUGAAGAACAUCUAUUUAGUGUGGAGCAGAUAACAGCCAUGUUGUUGACUAAGCUGAAGGAAACUGCUGAAAACAGCCUCAAGAAACCAGUAACAGAUUGUGUUAUUUCAGUCCCCUCCUUCUUUACAGAUGCUGAGAGGCGAUCUGUAUUAGAUGCUGCACAGAUUGUUGGCCUAAACUGUUUAAGACUUAUGAAUGACAUGACAGCUGUUGCUUUGAAUUACGGAAUUUAUAAGCAGGAUCUCCCAAGCCUGGAUGAGAAACCUCGGAUAGUGGUUUUUGUUGAUAUGGGACAUUCAGCUUUUCAAGUGUCUGCUUGUGCUUUUAACAAGGGAAAAUUGAAGGUACUGGGAACAGCUUUUGAUCCUUUCUUAGGAGGAAAAAACUUCGAUGAAAAGUUAGUGGAACAUUUUUGUGCAGAAUUUAAAACUAAGUACAAGUUGGAUGCAAAAUCCAAAAUACGAGCACUGCUUCGUCUCUAUCAGGAAUGUGAAAAACUGAAAAAGCUAAUGAGCUCUAACAGCACAGACCUUCCACUGAAUAUCGAAUGCUUUAUGAAUGAUAAAGAUGUUUCCGGAAAGAUGAACAGGUCACAAUUUGAAGAACUCUGUGCUGAACUUCUGCAAAAGAUAGAAGUACCCCUUUAUUCACUGAUGGAACAAACUCAUCUCAAAGUAGAAGAUGUGAGUGCAGUUGAGAUUGUUGGAGGUGCUACACGAAUUCCAGCUGUGAAGGAAAGAAUUGCCAAAUUCUUUGGAAAAGAUAUUAGCACAACACUCAAUGCAGAUGAAGCAGUAGCUAGAGGAUGUGCAUUACAGUGUGCAAUACUUUCCCCGGCAUUUAAAGUUAGAGAAUUUUCCGUCACAGAUGCAGUUCCUUUUCCAAUAUCUCUGAUCUGGAACCAUGAUUCAGAAGAUACUGAAGGUGUUCAUGAAGUGUUUAGUCGAAACCAUGCUGCUCCUUUCUCCAAAGUUCUCACCUUCCUGAGAAGGGGGCCUUUUGAGCUAGAAGCUUUCUAUUCUGAUCCCCAAGGAGUUCCAUAUCCAGAAGCAAAAAUAGGCCGCUUUGUAGUUCAGAAUGUUUCUGCACAGAAAGAUGGAGAAAAAUCUAGAGUAAAAGUCAAAGUGCGAGUCAACACCCAUGGCAUUUUCACCAUCUCUACAGCAUCUAUGGUGGAGAAAGUCCCAGCUGAGGAGAAUGAAAUGUCUUCUGAAGCUGACAUGGAGUGUCUGAAUCAGAGACCACCAGAAAACCCAGACACUGAUAAAAAUGUCCAGCAAGACAACAGUGAAGCUGGAACACAGCCCCAGGUACAAACUGAUGCUCAACAAACCUCACAGUCUCCCCCUUCACCUGAACUUACCUCAGAAGAAAACAAAAUCCCAGAUGCUGACAAAGCAAAUGAAAAAAAAGUUGACCAGCCUCCAGAAGCUAAAAAGCCCAAAAUAAAGGUGGUGAAUGUUGAGCUGCCUAUUGAAGCCAACUUGGUCUGGCAGUUAGGGAAAGACCUUCUUAAUAUGUAUAUUGAGACAGAGGGUAAGAUGAUAAUGCAAGAUAAAUUGGAAAAAGAAAGGAAUGAUGCUAAAAAUGCAGUUGAGGAAUAUGUGUAUGAGUUCAGAGACAAGCUGUGUGGACCAUAUGAAAAAUUUAUAUGUGAGCAGGAUCAUCAAAAUUUUUUGAGACUCCUCACAGAAACUGAAGACUGGCUGUAUGAAGAAGGAGAGGACCAAGCUAAACAAGCAUAUGUUGACAAGUUGGAAGAAUUAAUGAAAAUUGGCACUCCAGUUAAAGUUCGGUUUCAGGAAGCUGAAGAACGGCCAAAAAUGUUUGAGGAACUGGGACAGAGGCUGCAGCACUAUGCCAAGAUAGCAGCUGACUUCAGAAAUAAGGAUGAGAAAUACAACCAUAUUGAUGAGUCUGAAAUGAAAAAAGUUGAGAAGUCUGUUAAUGAAGUGAUGGAAUGGAUGAAUAAUGUCAUGAAUGCUCAGGCUAAAAAGAGUCUUGAUCAGGAUCCAGUUGUACGUGCUCAGGAAAUUAAAACAAAAAUCAAGGAAUUGAACAACACAUGUGAACCCGUUGUAACACAACCGAAACCAAAAAUUGAAUCUCCCAAACUGGAAAGAACUCCAAAUGGCCCAAAUAUUGAUAAAAAGGAAGAAGAUUUAGAAGACAAAAACAAUUUUGGUGCUGAACCUCCACAUCAGAAUGGUGAAUGUUACCCUAAUGAGAAAAAUUCUGUUAAUAUGGACUUGGACUAGACAACAUUAAAUUGGCUUAUUCCUUCAAUUAAUAAAAUAUUUUUGCCAUAGUAUGUGACUCUACAUAACAUACUGAAACUAUUUAUAUUUUCUUUUUUAAGGAUGUUUAGAAAUUUUGUGUAUUAUAUAGAAAAAGAAAAAAAGCUUAAGUCUGUAGUCUUUAUGAUCCUAAAAGGGAAAAUUGCCUUGGUAACUUUCAGAUUCCUGUGGAAUUGUGAAUUCAUACUAAGCUUUCUGUGCAGUCUCACCAUUUGCAUCACUGAGGAUGAAACUGACUUUUGUCUUUUGGAGAAAAAAACUGUACUGCUUGUUCAAGAGGGCUGUGAUUAAAAUCUUUAAGCAUUUGUUCCUGCCAAGGUAGUUUUCUUGCAUUUUGCUCUCCAUUCAGCAUGUGUGUGGGUGUGGAUGUUUAUAAACAAGACUAAGUCUGACUUCAUAAGGGCUUUCUAAAACCAUUUCUGUCCAAGAGAAAAUGACUUUUUGCUUUGAUAUUAAAAAUUCAAUGAGUAAAACAAAAGCUAGUCAAAUGUGUUAGCAGCAUGCAGAACAAAAACUUUAAACUUUAUCUCUCACUAUACAGUAUAUUGAUUGUCAUGUGAAAGUGUGGAAUGGAAGAAAUGUCGAUCCUGUUGUAACUGAUUGUGAACACUUUUAUGAGCUUUAAAAUAAAGUUCAUCUUAUGGUGUCAUUUCUAAA